AUGUUUAGGAAUGUUAAACUUUACGGAAUAUUGUAAGCUUAUUAAUUUUUAGCUUUUUAACUUUUUUUAACUAUUAAAGUUAGGGGUGAGAAAAGGGCCGGGCCGGGCCCACUUUUUAGGCUCGGCCCAGGCCCGGGGCCGAACGUUUAGGCCCGGCCCGUUUUCAAUCUUCUCUCAGGCCGGCCCGGCCCGGUCAGAAAAUUUCUAGGCCCGGCCCGGCCCGUUUUAAAAAAUUUUAAAACUUAAAAAAUAAACAGAAAUAUGGCUUUGCAUUGUUCUUUUAGAUCAUUUAUGUAUUAUGGUACCCAAUAAAAUCAAAAAACAUCAACGGGGAUUAAAAUAAAAAAUUUUAAAAAAUUAAAAAAAUUUUUUUUUGGGUUUGGGCCCAAUUUUCAAGCCUUGCCCGUUUCAAUUUUAGCUCAAGGCCGGCCCGGCUCGAUCGUAGGGACGGGCCGGUCUUAGACGGCCCGUUUCUCACCCCUAAUUAAAGUAAAUUGUUUUUCUUUCCGGUAAAGCGUAAGUCUAGUUUAUAUAUAAUAGGAUGAGGUAAAGCCAAAGCAAGACAAAGAUUUUGUUGGGGCAAUAUUCUGUGUAGAUUAGGACUCCUUAAGGAAGGCAGUUGGCUAUCAAAUCCUUAGGACUAGAAUUUAGUGCUCUGGUAGGGUAAGAUACGAAGGUAGGGCAAGGGUAAGGUGCGGCUAGGGGGAAGAUAGGGCAAGAGAAGUGAAAUGUUAGGGCAACGGUAGGGCACGGGUAUGGCAAAGGUAAGGACAAGGAUAGGGCAAGAGAAGGACGAGCAUAGGGCAAGGGUAGGACAAGGGUAGGGCGAAGGUACGACGAGGGUAGGACGAGCUACAGUUUAAUGUCGAGUACUAUAUGAUUACAAGUCCCACAGUGUAUCAUUAAGUAUCUUUUAAGUUUUAUUACUAAAAUUUAUUUUUUUAGCCCACCUAAACCCUUAAGCAAGUUCCCUUCACUGAUUAUAGAGCCAAGAAGAUGGCGUGCUACAUCUUGUCAACCCUGGAUGUUAUUGAUGGAGAAAGCUGGUGCCAAAGCAAUGAUUAUACCGUACAGAGAAACACAUUCUAAUAAGUAAGUUUUGAUAAAAUUUUAUUUUUUAAAACAUUUUUAAAUUAAAAAUCAACCUAAGUUUAUAGUAAAAGCUCAAAAAGAGUCUUAUCGUCAAUAUGCAUACAUUUGCACACUCAAAAACGACAAAACUUAUUUGAUUUUAAAAAAAAAUUAUUUUGAAAAAUGCAUUUUCAUGUCAUAUUUCUUAAAAAUUUGCAUUUUCUCGAUUUUAAAAAUGUCAAAAAAAUUCUUGUCGUUUUUUUACAUUGUCUUGCACGUUCAAAAACGACAAGACUUAUUUUUCUUGCUAAAAGGCUAUUUUGAAGUAAAAAAAAAAUUUUUAAAUAAUCUGGCUUUGCUCCAAACAAAAAAAAUUUUAAAAUUACGUACAUUGGUAACAAAAAAAAAUUUUUGCAAUUUUUUGUUACUUUUAAUGCGACAAAAGUGAAAAUGUCGACCUCAGAAGUUCAAGGGUGAGCACAGAAUUCGUAUUCAAUUUGGAACUUACUUAACUCUAAUUAGAACCUGCAUUAACGACAUUAUUCAACAAAAGGAAAAUCUUUGACACAAUCAGUUGAUGGGAAGGGUUAAUCAGUAGCUAGACGGUUAUUAUUGCAACACUGUAGACUUUUUUUGCAGUAGGGCAGGGUUACAAUAAACGACUUUUUAAGGUUUUGGGGAUUAUUAGCUAGGCAAGGAGAAAUGAGGGGCCAAGGGGGGGGGGAGUAUGUUUUCGCCAAAAGAAAUACGGUGGUAGGGGGUGGGGGAGGGGUAAGAUUUUUUUAAAAAUAAAAAAAAGUUUUUGGCUAUGUUUUACUAAUUUUGAAAGAAUUUUUUUUGGGCGGGUUAAAUUUUUUGUGGGAGGGGGGGGAUGGUGGGUAAAUUUUUUUUUCAAAUUUGAAAAAAAAACAGUUUUAUUAUUUUCACAAAAAAAAAUUUUUUUGGAAGGGGUAGUUUGAAAAAAAGUCGGCUGGGGGUAGAUACUUUUUUAUUUUUUUUAUUUUGUGUAGGUAUACUUUGGUGGCACAGUAAAAGUUCACUAUGCUUGAAGUGUAAGAUGAUUUUUUGAUUCAGGAUGAUCAUCAGUGCCGAGCACAAUAUAGAGAUCCCAAAUGUGUCGAUUCAUCAACGAAUGUUGGAGAACUUCCAAUCCAUCGCCAAGAAAUCGCCGAAACGGAAGGUUUUUGUGAGUUUUUUUGGACUUUUAGUGCCAUUUUUGGGUAGACUAUAACAAGAUGUUACUAUAACUGAUUCUUCAUGGUGUUGCCUAUAGACAGAAGUUACUAUACUAUUUAUCUUUGACUAUUUAACCACAUUAAACUACUUUUAAAAUUCUAAAAACAAGCCUAAAACUCUUCAGAUCAACGCCAAAACUGGCGAAAGUGUGACGUAUGGUGAACUUCACCGUGCCUCCUACUGUGUCUCCGCUUACUUGAAGAAUCUGGGCUUUAGACAACAUGACGUCUGUGCUGUUGUGCUGCGUAACACAUGGGAGUUCUUCGCGAUAUGGUAUGGCAUCUGCCUACGAGGUGGUGCUAUGACUCCAGCUAGUCCUUUGUUUACUGAAGGUAGGUUAUGGGACUUUUGUUUAAAAAUGUGGAUUUCAAAAUGAUUUGUUAAGGCUUUAAUAUAGAUUUUUGAAAUUUUUAGGUACCUGAGAGGAGGUAUACCACGUUAAAUUUAUUAAUUUUAAAAAAAAAUUUUUUUUAAUUUUUUUAAAAAUUUUUUUUAAAACUUAAAAAUUCGUAUAGUACACUUUGUAAAGCAUAAAAAGUUGUGUCUAGUUUCAAUUUUUCAAGUUUAUAUCAUGUAAUGUCACAGAAUUAAAUUCAUUGGAAAAAGUCGAAAAACCUGAAAAGUUCGAUUCCGGUCCGAAACUUUCUCUUCUUUACCUGUUUAGAGAGAUUUUCAGGCUGUAAAACUUUUAUUAUACAUUGUAGCUAUAUCAAACUUGGAUAAAAUGUACUUUAUUUUAUGUUUUGUAAAAUACGUUUGUUGAUGCUUUUUUCUGUAGUUUUGAAAAUGGCAAAAAUAUUUUUUAAAAGUUUGAUUUUCCUCGGAAAAUUAUGUCUUUUUGAAACUUGACUUUGUUGUACUUUUUUACUUUGUAACAUAUAUUAAUGAAACUUAUGGUAAAUAUUCAUUAUGUAUUGCUUUACAAUAUGUACAUGUUGAUUUUUCGUUAGGCAGUUUCGAAAAUGGCAUAAAAAAUUAAAAAGUUUGAUAUUGCCGGAUAAAUUUUGACUAUAUAAGACUUUUCACAGCUGUAACUUUUUUACUGGGCAAAAUAUUUUACUGUUACUUAUAGUUAGUAUACACUAUGUAAUGCUUUACAAUAUGUAUUGACUAAUUUUGUGUUAGGCACUUUUGAAAAUGGCAUAAAAUUUAAAAAAGUUGUUUUUGUUGGAAAAAGGGAAAAAACAGGUAAUAUUUAGGUAACAAAUCGACUUUUUUCGUUGUUUUAAAGCAUUUAAAAACGCUUUUUAAGGGUCAAAAAGUGUUUAUAUGAUACUGAUAUACCUUAUCUUGCUCUAACACUAAGAUAUGACAAUGUUCACUCUUCCAUGAUAUUGUUAUACCUAUCUAAUCUGAUCAUUCCAGCCGAAAUAGCCCAACAACUGAAGGACUCGAACAGUAAAGUCGUGGUAUGUGAAGCCAUAACCCUGCCAAGAGUGAUCGCAGCUGCCGAUCAAUGUAAGACGAUUCAGAAGAUUAUUGUGGUGGGAAGUUACUAUGGUAUCAAGGCGCCGAAUCUUGCCAUGUUCAAGGAUAUUCUCCAAGUCAAGCCCAACUUUAGGGAAUCUUAUCCUCGGGUCAAUUUGAAGACUGACAUUUGUUAUCUACCUUAUUCGAGGUAUGUUUGUUACUGUAUUUUGUUAGUUUGUUUCCGGUUGAUUACUGUGUUUUUGGUUUGUUGAUUACUGUAUUUUAUGUGGUUUGAUAUUACUGUAAUUUAGUUGGGUAUAUACUGUACUCUAGGCGGGUUGAUUAAGGUAGGGUAAAAUAAGGUAGGGCAAUGUAGAGUAAGGUAUUUUUGGUGGGUUGAUUAUUGUAUUCUAGGAUGGUUGACCAGGGUAGGGUAGAGUACAAUAUAAUAAAAUAAGGGUAGGAAAGAGUAAAAUAAGGCAGGGUAGUGUAGGGCAGGGUGUUAUAGGUGGGUUAAUUACUGUAUUCUAAGUAUGUUGAUUACAGUACUUUAGUAGGGUCGGUUGCAGCAUUCUGUGUGUGAUGGUUACUGUACUUUAAUAGGGAUGUUACGGUAUUUUAGUUUGGUUGGUUACUGUACUCUUACUGGGUUGAUUAUUGUAUUCUAGCUGGGUUGGUUACUGUCUCUUGAAUGGAUUGAUUACUGUACUCCAAAUGAGUCGAUUACUGUAUUCUAUUAUAGGGCUAUUACUGUAUUUUAGGAGUAGGGAUGAGUUCAAAAAGUGAGCUAUAAUUAAACUUUCUAUUGAUAUAUUGAUAUUAUAGUAGACGUUACUUGUUCAAAUAAAAAAUUUUUUUCAGUGGUACUACUGGUCCACCCAAAGGAGUGAUGCACAGCUAUCAAAAUGUGAUGACUAUGACUGAAAUCUUUUCAAAGUGAGUUUUGAAAUUUAAAAAUUUAUUUUUUUUAUUACCUUAGGGCAUUUUAAAGUUUGUCAUGAAAUUUAAAAUUUUUUUGAAAUUUUUGAAAUUUCAUAUUUCAGUUACUUCCGCACCGGCAUCUUCGCCAACCUUCAAACUCAUUGGAACUUUGACAACGAGAACUUCCCCGGAUUACUGCCAUUCUACCACAACUUUGGGUUCAUCGCCGUAAUGUCGGUUACAUUACUGGGCGGUACUGUGGUCUACUUGAACAAAUUUGAACCUGAGGCCUUCUUUGACAUGCUACAGAACUAUAAGGUACGGUGUGGUAUACUGGGUUACAGUAGGGUACGGUACGGGAGGUAUGAUGGGUUACGGUAUGGUAGGAUACGAUAGAUUAUGAUGGAUUACGGUAGGGUAAGGUACGAUAGGGUAGGGUAGAGUAGGGUAGGAUAGGGUAGGGUAGGGUAGGGUAUGGUAGGGUAGGGUAGGGUAGGGUAGGGUAGGGUAGGGUAGGGUAGGGUAGGGUAGGAUAUGAUACGAUAGACUAUGAUGAGUUACGGUACGGUAUGAUGGGUUACGGUAGGGUACAGUACGGUACAAUUUUAUUUUUAUUUUCAGAUAAAAGUAGCCUUCAUGGUACCACCAAUGCUAGUACUAAUGUCGAAAACUCCGAUGCUGGACAAGUACGACCUGAACCACCUUCGUUUCAUCUUAUCAGGUGCAGCUCCACUGAGUGAUGACCUUGUUAACAUGGUUCGGAAACGACUGCCAAACCUAAAGGAUAUUGGCAAUGGCUACGGAAUGACAGAGCUAACAUGUGCUGCCACCAGUCCAUGUCCAGGAGAUUAUAACUCAAAGGCUAGCGGAAAGAUUCUGCCUAAUAUGCAGUUCAAGGUAAGCUAGCAAUAGUCAUAGCCCAGAGCCCUAGCCCAGAGCCCUAGCCUAGAGCCUUAGCCUAGAGCUCUAGCCCAGAGCCCUAGCCUAGAGCCUUAGUCCAGAGCCUAGUCCAGAGCCCUAGUCCAGAGCCUUAGCCCUAGCCUUGCCCGGCCGUUUCCUGCCGUGUCCUGUCGUGUCCUGCGGUGCACUGCCGUGCCCUGCUCUGCCCAUACCCUACUUAUGCCUUGCUCAUACUUUGCUCUUACCUUGCCCAUACUCUACCCGGGCUCUACCUAUGCCCUUCCUACCCAUACCCUUCUCUACUUUACUCUACAUCACCCACCCUUCCAGAUAGCCGAUCCAGACACCGGCCGCUCCUUAGGUGUGAACGAAGAAGGUGAGCUGUGUAUCCACUCUCCAGCCCAACUGAUUGGCUAUCUAAAUCGACCGAAAGCGACUGAAGAGAUCUUUGAUCACGAUGGCUUUGUAAGGACUGGUGACAUAGCCUACUACGAUGAGAAUCACUACAUCUAUGUAGUCGAUCGUAGAAAAGAGUUGAUCAAGGUCAAAGGUCUACAAGUGGCACCAGCUGAACUAGAAGCCCUGUUACUGACUUGUAACUUGGUUAAGGAUGUGGCUGUCAUUGGAGUACCACACGAGAGAAGCGGAGAAGUACCAAAGGCUUAUGUGGUUAAGGCUACACCAAGUGCUACUGCUCAGGCUAUCACCGAUUUUGUUAAAAGUAAGUUGAUCUGUAGGGUAAUGGUACGGUAGUUUAUAACUUAAGGUUGGGUAGGGCAUGGUUAGCAUAUGGAUACUGUAUGUAUAGGGCAUUUGUAAGGCAUGGGUAUGUGUUGGGUAUAAGUAGGCUAUGGGCAACGCAAGAUAUGGGUAGGGUUUUGGUAAGGCAUAUGUAAGGUAUGGGUAGGGUAAGAGUGGAAUAUGAUAUAAAUAGGUACGGUAGGGUAUGGAAAGGUAAAGGCAAUCAUACGUUACUGAGGGUGGGGCAGGGCACGGCAGAGAAGCGUAGAGUAGGGUAGGGUAGGGUAGGGUAGGGUAGGGUAGGGUAGGGUAGGGUAGGGUAGGGUAUGGUAGGGUAGGGUAGGGUAGGGGGGUAGGGUAAGGUAGGGGGGGGGUAGGGUAGGUUAAAGCAAUUUUUUAAACUUUUUAUAAAAUUUUGUUUAAGGCAGGGUAGCCAACUACAAAGAACUGGCGGGUGGUGUGGAAUUUGUGGAUGAGAUUCCAAAGAGUCCAGCUGGAAAGAUUUUGCGACGUCAACUACGUGAUUUGGAAAAGAAAAAACGCGCAAAACUGUAG